UAGUAUAACUCAGACAAGGCUAAACUCUACUUACUCUCCUUCAUUCCAUUACCUUUCCAUUGCGAAUCUCCGAAUCACCUCGUCCGUACAAUCAAUCCCAGCCCUCCAACCGCUACAGCUCAAAAUAAUCGCACAAAGUGAAAAAACGACAGGCUGUGUAUGCGUGGAGAGAAGAAGAAACUCACUGCCUUGCUCCAAGAAAAGAAUCCAAGAAGAACAAUUUACAAACCCUUUCAGUUGUAUCUUCUUGUAUAGAAGCUUCAAAAUGGCCAAGAAAUCAAUACCCAAACACACCAAAUUAUCUGUCUAUCUUUACAUUCCCAAUAUAGUUGGGUAUACACGAGUUCUUAUGAACUGUUUUGCUUUUGCUAUUUGUUUUUCUAACAAGGGUCUCUUUAGCCUUCUCUAUUUUAUCAGCUUUGUAUGUGACGGUAUUGAUGGUUGGUGUGCCCGUAAAUUCAAUCAAGUAUCGACUUUUGGAGCUGUUUUGGAUAUGAUAACUGAUAGGAUUAGCACUGCUUGUCUACUAGUAAUACUUUCCCAAGUAUACCGACCUGGCUUUGCUUUUUUGUCAUUGCUCGCCCUAGAUAUUGCUAGUCAUUGGCUGCAGAUGUACAGUACGUUCUUAUUAGGCAAAACCAGCCAUAAGGAUGUCAAAGACAGCACUAAUUGGCUAUUCAAGGCUUACUAUGGAAAUCGUAUGUUCAUGGCUUACUGUUGUGUAGCUUGCGAGGUUCUAUAUAUAAUGUUGUUUCUCAUCGCAGAAAAACAGACUGAGAGCUUAACCAAUGUUCUAAUAACGUCCAUGACGAAAUUCUCAUUUACCUCAUCACUACUAGGACUGAGUUUAUUUGGAUGGGCAAUCAAGCAAACUGUAAAUGUCAUCCAGAUGAAAACCGCAGCUGAUAUAUGUGUCCUGCAUGACAUCAACAAAAAGGAGAAGCCAUAACACGUUGUGCAUUCAGUUGUAAUAGCUUUUCUGGCCUUCAAGAUGAUGUUAAAGUGGCAAAUGAAGCACUGCAUCGCAGUUGGCGAUCCAUUGAAAAACUGAUUACAUGUUUCAACUUUCCUCGUUUUGAUUUUGCUUCUAAGUGUGUCUAGUUGUCUAAAUAGUGGACGGUGGUACAGUGUUUAUCGAGUUUUACAAUUGUAAUCUACCAUUUUAAUACUUUAGUUUCAAUUCUUUUUUGGUGACUCAAACUGUAAAUGCAGGAAGGAAGAGUGCUUCGUGGGUAGUGAGGCAAUGUUAGUAGCUAUUGCUUUCCAACAGUUUUUACAAAAAUUGCAGUAAAUGUUCAAUGUUUGCCACUUAUUCUGCAA